AUGCAGGAACAUUCCAAACGCAGGAAGUCUGAUUCUGCAGGUGGCGCUGGUUUGACAAGUAUCAGUGUAGCUACACCGCAUGGAGCCCAGCUUGCUUUUUCUGCUGCAGUUGACACAAUUGCAGAUGAGUGCAACAUGAAAUUUGACGCUUGCAACAGAUUGGAGUCUCAGAUUGGCGAUGCAGUUUUGAGAUUACAACGCAAGGAGUCAUUUAAGAUGCCUUGGGAUGAAGUGCCACACAAACAGUUUUGGAACCAUGCGAAGCCUGUGGAUCUCUUCAAACUGCCUUUGCUGGGGAGGUUUGACAAACCUGCUUUCCACCCUGUGGCUCAGAUGGUGGAGGACCAGCUCAACCAAUGGGCAAGACGUGCGCUGUUGGACAAAGCUGGAUCUUUGAUUGCUGAAGAUGAUUUACAGAGAUCGCUGCGAGACAGUGUGUCAAGCAAGGCAGUGGGCACAGUCGUGAAGCGCAUUUCUGAUUACAACAAAUUUGCUCAGUUUUUGGUUUCGGAUUGCCACAAACGACCAUUGCAGCCUAGUGAGUCUGACUUUUACAGGUAUCUCUGUCACAUGAAAGAGACUGGAGCAGGAGCUACUUCAGGUGCCACAUUGUUGCAGGCCUGGUCAUUUUUCAGGUUCACAUUUGGUGUGGACGCUGGAGAUCAAGGAGCUUUGGGGCUCAGCAGUUACAAGACAGCCACUGGUGAGAGGCGGGCUAUUUUGUUGCCGCUGAUUGCAUUGGGGUGUGGCUUGGACGAAAACAGUUGGGCCAUGGCUUGGAGAGCAGCGCGGAAGGCUUCUGGUGCUGACACCAUGGGCCACUUGAUGAGUGCUGACUCUCAGUUUGCAGACGUUUGGUUGGACCGCCGAAUGACUACUGCCGAAGGCAGCUACUGGGUCAAAGAUGUCUUGGUGAUGCUGGGAAUGGAUGCUGUUAGCGCCAAUGCUUACAGCUCCCAUUCAUUGAAGUCAACAUGUCUUUCGUGGGUGUCAAAAGCUGGCAAUAUGACCCUCCAAGAAAGAUUAUGGUUGGGGCAUCAUGAGACUGAAGAAGGCAAGAUGGCAGUCACUUACGCCAGGGACGCCCUCGUAGCUGCGAUCAUCAAACUGCGCUUGGUGGUGGAAGCGAUCAAAAAGGGUUUGUUCGACCCUGACUUGCCAAGAGCCGAACGUAUUGCGCAGGCAACUGGAGCCUCAUUUGACUCCCGGACGAUUGCUGAGAAAUCUCACAUCGAAGUCGAGACCGAAAAUCGCCUGGCUGCAGAAGAGCUGCAUUUUGCAGCUGACAUGGCUGGUUCGGAUGUGGAUGAUGCAGCAGCAGUUGGUGAAACGCCCAUUGCUUUGCCUGGUGAUAGAGUUGCACAUGACCGCAACCCAUUUCCUCCGAUCGCCCCUGCGUGCUGUGUCAAGCACCGACUGUCAGGGAUCGUUCACAUGAUUUCAGAUGUUGAGAAACUGGCUUGUGGCAGGAGGAUCACUUGCAAUAUGAUUCCAAUGGAAGAUUCUUUUGGCGACCCUGGCCAGAUGGAGUUCUGCGAACAAUGCAGAGCUGUGAGCGGUUUAUGA